AUGUCGAAUCCCGAGGACUAUUCUGUUGGAUGGAUUUGCGCUAUCACUGCAGAGUAUGUGGCGGCUCAAUCUUUUCUCGACGAGGAGCACGGGGGACCGCAAUACGUGUCUCCUAACGACAAUAACUACUACACAUUAGGGAAAAUCGGAAAGCACAAUGUUGUGGUCGCAGUGUUACCCGAUGGAGAGUAUGGCAUAUCCUCAGCCGCCAGUGUUGCAAGAGAUAUGCUCCACAGCUUUCCAAACAUUCGAUUCGGUCUAAUGGUGGGUGUUGGUGGUGGAGUGCCAAGCUUGAGGCAUGAUAUCCGCCUAGGUGAUAUUGUGUACGACUUCGGGAAAGCCAUUCAAGAUAUGAGCUUCCAGCAACAAGGAUUUUUGAACCAGCCACCUGGUAUUCUUAGGGCAGCUGUCCAAGGACUAAGGACUCGUCCAGAUCGGAUAAUAUCUCGCCCUGAACGGACUGUUGAAGAUGAUACGCCGACUAUCCAUUACGGCUUGAUUGCAUCCGGGAAUCAACUAAUGAAAGAUGCCUCAAUACGGGACAAGCUUGCGGCAGACAAAGAUAUAUUAUGUUUUGAAAUGGAAGCUGCAGGAUUAAUGAAUCAUUUCGCCUGUCUUGUUAUUCGUGGUAUAUGCGAUUACUCAGAUUCCCACAAAAAUGAUGAAUGGCAAGGGUAUGCAGCAAUGAUAGCAGCAGCAUAUGCCAUGGACAUUCUCUAUCAUAUACCCGUUACCAGGGUUGAAACUGAAAAGCGAAUUACUGGCAUUCUUUCUUCGGUUGAGAAAACUACACAAGAUGCUUCUAUUGCAAUCCAAAACAUGAACAGAGCACAAAGACGAAAAGAUAUUAUGCAUUGGCUAUCGCCGCAAGACGCUUCAGUCGAUUAUAAAAAAGCCUUGGAACAACGUUAUGAAGGUUCUGGCCUUUGGUUCCUGCAGAGCAAUGAUUUUUCAGAAUGGAAGAUCCGGCGGAACUCUUUUCUUUGGCUUCAUGGCAUUCCUGGGUGUGGCAAAACAAUUCUAAGUUCUACUAUUAUUGAAGCCCUUGAAAGUGCUACGGCCAAUACGCCGCUCCUUUACUUCUACUUCGAUUUCAACGAUUCUGAGAAGCAGACCCUCGAUGGGCUCUUACGUUCUUUUAUCAGCCAGCUGUACUCUACGUGCGAAGAGACAAAAGUUCUUCUGCAGUCCCUAUUCGCCUGCUGUGAUAACGGACACCGACAACCAACACGUGAGCUUCUCUCAAAUUGCCUUUAUCGCAUGAUACUGCAGAUUAAAGAAGUCUGGGUCAUUAUAGAUGCGCUUGAUGAAUGCAGCACCAGGAGUGGUACCUCCACUGAAGGACUGCUAUCGUGGAUAAAAGAUGUCUUAAGCUCCAAGGACAGAAAUGUUCACCUUAUGAUCAUCAGCCGACCAGAAGAGGAUAUUAACUCAGAAAUCCGGGAAUGGGCAUCUGAUGACAAUAUUAUUGCUAUUGAGAGUAGUCAUAUUCAUGAUGACAUUCGCUCGUAUGUUCACGGAAAAGUGAGGAAUGAUAGUGGGUUUAAACGUUGGCGAUCACGUCCGGAUGUCCAGGAGGAGAUCGAGACUAGGCUUUUGGAUAAAGCAGAUGGAAUCCUUUGUACUGAACUCGCAUCACUUCCAGAUGGCUUAGAUGCGACAUACAACCGGAUUUUGCAGAGCAUUCCUUCUUACCACAGACCAAAGGCUAUACGGAUCCUCCAACUCCUAGCUUUUUCCGACCGCCCGCUGCUCCUCGAGGAAGUUGUUGAUGCUAUAGAAAUCGAUACCGAGUCAGAGCCGCACUUCGACUCAAGGUUCCGAAUGCCUGACCCGAAGGAAGUUUCAAGAUACUGCUCGGGUCUCGUAGUUUUAGGGCUCGGUACUAAUGAGAGAGUCCUGGAACUGCGGUUGGCCCACUUCUCAGUGAAGCAGUAUAUGAUGACAAAGAGGGCGAAUCAUGAUUUUAUGCAAUAUCUGCAUGAAAUGGAAGCGAGAACCACAAUCGCAAAACUAUGUGUGACAUACCUGUUGCAUUUGGAUGUGGAUCUGCCGGUUUCCAUAAUCAAGGGAAAAUUUCCUUUUGCUCGGUAUUCCGCACAGUACUGGAUGGACCAUGCCAUUGAGGGUAACAGAGAAGACGUGAUAUUGCAUGGGUUGAUCAUGAAGCUGUUUGAUGUCUAUGAGCGACCAUAUACUACUUGGAUUCGCUUGUACAACCCCGACGGAUCGAGGGAUCAAUUGAGAGCUGAAAUGAUUCAAAUUGAGAACCAAAAAGAGAGACCAGCUGCUGCAUUAUAUUAUGCUUCACUGGGAGGGUUGGAAAAAGAGGUGAAGGCUCUCAUCCGCCAGGGUGAAGAUGGCAAUUCCCAGGGUGGGUUCUUUGGUAAUGCCCUUCAAGCUGCUUCUCAUAGAGGUCACGGCAAAGUUGUCCAGAUACUUCUGGAUCAAGGUGCUGAUAUCAAUAUUCAAGGAGGAAAUUAUGGCAACGCUCUUCAGGCUGCUUCCCAAGGCGGGCAUACAACAAUUGUUCAAAGGCUGCUAGAAAAUGGAGCCGAUAUAAAUGUCCCAGGGGGAUUCUAUGGCAGCUCUCUUCAGGCAGCCGCCCAAGGAGGGCAUGAAACAAUUGUCCAAGAGCUAUUAAGCAAGGGAGCUCAUGUCAAUUAUCAAGGUGGACCUUUUGGAUGUUCGCUUCAGGCAGCUUCACAGGGGGGCAUAGAAGAGUUGUCCACAUGCUGUUGGAUAAAGGAGCCGAUAUCAACUAUCAAGGUGGACCAUAUGGGGAUGAAUGUGAAUAGCUAUGGUGGAGAGUACUACAGUUCUCUGCAAGCUGGUUGCCAUGGGGGACAUGAGGAUGUUAUCCGAAUACUACUGGACGAAGGUGCCGAUGUCAAUGUCCAGGGCGGAAUUCAUGGUAGUGCUCUCCAGACAGCUUGUCAUGGGGGGUUUGGAAAAAUUGUCCAAAUGUUGCUGGACAAGGGAGCUGACAUCAAUAUGAAGGGCGAGCCUUAUGGAUGUGCCCUCCAGGCAGCUUCUCACGGUGGUCACAAGGGGGUUAUCCAGCUACUGUUGAAACAGGGAGCUGAUAAGGAUGUCAACUACCAGGGUGGGAAGUAUGGUACUGCUCUCCAAGCGGCCUGUCAGGGAGGUUAUACCGAGAUAAUCCAGAUACUACUGGACACAGGAGCUGAUGUGAAUAUUCAAGGUGGAAAAUAUGGUAGUGCUCUUCAAGUGGCCUGCCGAGAAGGGCAUGAGAAUAUUGUUCGAACAUUAUUGAACAAUGGCGCCGCUAUCAACACCCAGGGAGGCUUAUAUGGCAAUGCUCUCCAGGCAGCUUGUCGAGGGGGGCAUAAAGGAAUUGUCCAGAUGCUGCUAAACAAAGGAGUGGAAGAUAUUAAUGCUCAGGGAGGGGUGUAUGGGAGUGCUAUUCAGGCAGCGUCUUCCAAAGGGCACGACAUGAUUGUGCAGAUGUUACGGGAUUAUGGUUCCUGA